GGUUCUGGAUGCUCUUUCUCUCUCCACUCUCUCUCUCUCUCUUUUGUUGUAAAUGUCCGGUUUAUUCUGGCUUCUGACGUUAGGUUCCUAACCCGGUAAAAGAUUGGUCCUAGCUGGCCCCAACGCUCACUUAAAGGAUGCCCCUGUUCUCCUGGGAUGGAGCAUAGAUAGAUCACUUUCUUCCUGCAGCUUCUACGUAUCUACGUACUCAUUGCCAACUGUCCCUCCCUCCUCCACUUGUCCCAAAGUACUUAUAAACUACAUCUCAACCGCUCCUCCCAGCUCAUUCCCACCCCUCCUCUGUACCCUGGUUAUCUCCGCAUCUUCCUGCUUUCCCCGUUGACCCGAGGUUGAAAAGCCAAAGUUCUUUUAAAAAGAAGCAGCCAGCGCCAGACUAGAUUGUCUCCGCUUUCCACUUGUACUACUACUACUUCACAAGCCCUCUCUUCACCCAGCUUCAAAUCACACGCUGCACAACAUGUCUUCAAGCGGCAAUGGCGGUGCUCCUCCCGUAGGACAGGAGAACAUCAACACGGAUAUUGUCACCCUCACCCGCUUCCUCACCGAGGAGCAGGUCAAGGUUCCAGAAGCCACCGGUGACUUCACACUACUCUGCCACGCUCUUCAAUUUGCUUUCAAGUCUAUUGCCUACUACAUUCGUCGCGCUUCCUUGAUUAACCUGACUGGUUUGGCUGGUUCCUCAAACACGACUGGCGACGAUCAGAAGAAGCUUGACGUCAUCGGCAAUGACAUAUUCAUUUCCGCCAUGAAGGGCUCCGGCAAGUGCCGUAUCCUUGUUUCCGAGGAGGAGGAAGAGGCUAUCAUCUUCGACGAGCACCCCAAUGCCCGCUAUGCCGUGGUCUGCGACCCUAUUGACGGUUCCUCCAACCUUGACGCUGGCGUUUCGGUUGGUACCAUCUUCGGAAUCUUCAAGCUUCCCGAUGAGGUCCUCGGUCCCAACAACAAGGUCACUGCUCAGGACCUCCUUCGCCCCGGCACGGAGAUGGUUGCCUCUGGCUUCACCAUGUACGGUGCAUCCGCACAGCUGGUGAUCACCAUGCGCAACGGCGGUGUCAAUGGCUUCACCAUGGAGAACUCUCUGGGUGAAUUCAUCCUGACACACCCCAACAUGCAGCUUCCCGCCAAGCGGGCCAUCUACUCGGUCAACGAGGGUAACAGCAUGUACUGGGAUGACUGGGUGAACAAGUACCUCCACUCGCUGAAGUACCCCGGUGACGGCCAGAAGCCUUACAGCGCGCGUUAUAUUGGUAGCAUGGUGGCCGAUGCCUACCGGACUCUCCUCUACGGUGGUGUUUUCGCCUACCCGGCUGAUUCCAAGAGCCGCAAGGGCAAGCUGCGUAUCCUCUACGAGUGUGCCCCCAUGGCUAUGCUUUUUGAGAACGCAGGUGGUCUGGCAGUGAACUCCCAGAUGGAGCGUCUUCUGGAGGUGGUUCCGGAACACAUUCACGACCGGAGCGGUGUGUUCCUGGGCUCGAAGGACGAGGUACAGAAGAUUAUCGACACGUACAACCAGCACCACAAAUGAGUUCAUGGCACAAAGGAACAGCACUAG